GGCUUUUUGAUCAACAAUCCCCUCCGUAAUGUCUGCCUGCUCCUGCUCCUGAACAUGUGUCUGUGUAGCUCUAUUAGGUGUUUUUAAUAGUUUGUGAGAGCAUGUGUUCUUAAUCAUUCUACCUGAGGACUCUUAUUCAGCGGUGAGGUGACCACCUUCAGCUCAGAUCCCGUUUGCACCAUGCCUCUGAGAGACUCAGUCACCCUGCUGCUCUGGAGUUGCUGUGUACUAAUGCUCAUCCACCAAUGCGAGGCUCAAGCUCUAAACUGCACGUGUAAUGUGACCAAUAGUCGGUGUGACGGGAAUGUGGUGUGCAGGUGUGACCCGGGUUGGGAGGGGCAGCAGUGCGACGUCUGUGUGAGAAUGCCAGGCUGUGUCCAUGGAUCGUGUCACCAACCCUGGCAAUGCACCUGCGAGCCUGGAUGGGCAGGGCGCUUCUGCGACAAAGAUAUCCAUGUGUGUACAAAUGAGGCACCUUGUCAGAACGGUGCCACUUGUUACGCCAACGUUUCAGGGGAAUACUCCUGCCUCUGCCCCGAGGGAUUUCACGGGAGGAACUGCGAGCACAAGACAGGACCCUGUCAUAAGACCGGCAGGUCUUCAUGUAAGAAUGGCGGGCAGUGUGAGGACAGUGGCGGUUAUGCUCCAGAGCUCUCCUGCCGCUGCCUGGCAGGCUUCACCGGGCCACGUUGCGAGAACAACAUGGACGACUGCCUGAUGCGCCCUUGUGGUAACGGUGCCACCUGCCUGGAUGGCAUCAACCGCUUCUCCUGCCUCUGUCCCGAGGGCUUCACGGGCCGGUUCUGCACCGUCAACCUGGAUGACUGUGCCAGCCAACCUUGCCUUAAUGGAGGACGCUGCCUGGACCGUGCCAGCACCUUCCACUGCUUCUGCAAGCCUGGGUUCACUGGCAGGACCUGCGAGGUGCCCUUAAGGAGCCCAGAGAGCCAAGCGCCCAUCAGCAGCUCCCGUGACUGGGCUGGGGGAGGUGGGGGCUGGGGAAGGGUAACACAGUCCAGGCCAGACCAGGACAUCACGAGGGGGGACAAUAAUAGUGGAGACAGGCUGCUGAAGAUCUCUGUGAAGGAGGUUGUGACCCAGUGGGGGUCGUCUGGCCUGUCAGAGGUGCAGCUCAUCACCCUCCUGGUGCUGGGGGGCAUGACACUUGCCGUGGUGGUGCUCACAGCUGGCUUGGUGCUGAGGGGGCAUUGGCAGGACCACUGUGCAAGCUGCCGGUGCGGCCCCACCCCCCGCCUGCACCCGCUGAAACACCGAGACCGCCAGCCGCCCCCGCAGAGCCACCUAGUCACAGUGGAGCAGGAGUGUAAGAUCAGCUUCCUGCACACGCCCACAGCCCCAGAACUGGAGAAGAAGAAACUGAACACUGAGGUGAUUUAGGUUAUGUUUACUACCUCCACAGCCCUGAACAUAGGACACAGACUGCUCUCAGCAGAGGGAAAGCCAUGCUUUUAUCCCAGCCCUGCCUCCAUGACUGAUUUUCUUCAGUACUGACAGUCAAAAUACAGACAACAUACCGACCUAGGUAUCGAUACCUAAAGAGACGCAGGACCAAGAAGGGACCAGUGGGUCUGUUCAAGGGUAAAUGUUAGGAGUGUCAAACACAUUCUCCUAACAAAAGGAGGAAUAUGACGGAUUUUUUGUUGACCACAGGGGUAAAGUGGAGGUACAUCAUGAGAAAUAUACUCAAGUCAUUUGUCCGUCCUCAAAAUCAGCUGAUUCGGUUUCUUGGCAUGAACUGCAUGUAAGACAGGCCUACUGACAGACAGCUUUGGAAUGCAAGCCAAGACAAUGCCCUUAUUAUGUCAACCUAAUUGGUUUACUGGUAUUUGUCACUGCUGUUCUCAUCACGAUAUUAGGCCAAAAUGUUAGACAUGAAUGAAUCUACCCUUAUUUUUCCAAAUGGGCUCUGACCUCGGAACAAGCUCUGCAGUGAGCAGAAUUCAGACAUGCAGACAAAUGAUUGCCUGAGUUCAUGUUGUUUUAACAGUGUACUUUCUAUACCACAGACUAAAGAACUGCAACACCUCAACACCUACUUAAUUUAAGUAACUGUCCAGUGUUUCCAGAUGUCUAUGAAAUAUGACCUAUACUUAAUUACAAUAUGAGUCAAAUAGUUUUCCUUCCAAAAAAGUGUAAUUAUGUAUGUAAAAACAUCUGCUUUUCUGUAUUGGAAUGGUGUGGGCGUACCCCAUAGAGUUAGAUAGAGGCACGGGCAUUGCCAUUUAGGGCUUUCAACAUUUUAAGGUAGUCAACAGGGUUGUACUUUCUAUGGGUUACGGAAGGAUCACAUGAUUCCAUCCAGGUCAUCAGGAGGGAUCAGCCAAUGAAUUAUACUUGUGAGAAAACACUAGGUGGCCGUAUGUACCUUUUCGGUUUGUUUGUCAACUCAUAGACGUAGCAGAAGAAAAUGGACUACUUCAAAAUAAAGAUGGCCUUAAUGGUGCUGCCUGUGCGCUCACAGAUGCCAUCAUGGGACAUACACUGAGUAUACAAAACAUUAGGAACCCCUGGUCUUUCCAUGACAUAGACUGACCAGGUGAAUCCAGGUGAAAGCUAUGAUCCCUUAUUGAUGUCACUUGUUAAAUCCACUUCAAUCAGUGUAGUUGAAGGGUAGGAGACAGGUUAAAGAAGGACUUUUAAACCUUGAGACAAUUGAGACAUGGAUUGUGUAUGUGUGCCAUUCAGAGGGUGAAUGGACGAGACAACAGAUUUAAGUGUCUUUGAACUGGGUAUGGUAAUAGGUGCCAGGCGCACCGGUUUGAGUGUGUCAAGAACUGCAACACUGCUGGGUUUUUCACACUCAACAGUUUCCCAUGUGUAUCAAGAAUGAUCCAAAAGACCCAAAGGACAUCCAGACAACUUGACAUAACUGAGGGAAGCAUUGGAGUCAGCAUGGGCCAGCAUCCCUGUGGAACGCUUUCGACACCUUGUAGAGUCCAUGCCCUGACAAAUUGAUUUUUUUCUGAGGGAAAGAUGUUCCUAAUGUUUUGUACACUCAGUGUUUAUAAAGAUGAUAUCUCAAUCUAUCACUGUGGAGUAACCCAACAACAGAAUGAUGUGAGUGUAUACCGGUCAUUAAAAAUAUGAAUGUGUAGACCGCUGAUUGGAAAGCUCAUCCUUCUCUAUGAGGAAAUAGCAAGCAUUUUUUAAAUAUUCUGUUUGAGAUACACAUUUGAGGUGGGGACUUCGUGUUUUUUUAAUUGAUUUAUGCUUUGGCCACAUGAGUAUAGGAUGAGUCAACAACAUUAUUUGGGUAUGAGUUAACAGAAUAUGAACUUUUAAGAGUGAGAUUUUCACUGGACAGUUACUUUAAGUUAUAAUUGUAUCAUUUUGUAAAAAGUAAUAUUCUGUCAACACUGAAAAUGUAUUCGUGACCUGUUGACUUCUGUAUGGUGUUUAAUAGCGAAUAACAAUAUGGAUUUGCUCAACAGUAUUUUGAAGUUGUACAUUUUAUUUAUUUUCUGUAAUUUAUUUGUAGAAUGUGGUCUAUUUGCAAUGAGUCUUAUUUUUUUUAUACUGAAUUGUCUGCAAUAAAGUUGUGAACUGUU